AUGCAUUGUUGGAAGGGGCUCUACACAAGUUCGUGGAUGUGGACGGAGAUCUUGGACGCCGAGUCGUUCCCUUUCCCCAUGAUUCAUUCCACGUCCCUGAGGCUCGACGAUACGACCAGAUGUCUGCGCAGGAUCGCUUGAAUCAGGUUGCCGAAAUCAUGACGCCUCGUGAAAGAGCUGCCCUGGAGAGCUUCGUCUUGCUCUGCAGCUGUGGCACUCUGGCGACCACCAGCUUCUUCGAGUUCCUGCACUGGUGGGCGCUGUGUGGCUACUCAUACAGAGGCUGUCUGGAUGCUUUGAUUUCGUAUAAAUUCAAGCGAGGGCAGUCGAGCUUUGCCAUUCGGUUCUUCAAAGAGGCUCUCUCUACUGGCAAUUUGUCCUACGCAUUCAACAGCCCCAUCCAAUCUAUUGAUGACCAGGGCGCUAAAGUGGUUGUCACCACUCGCCAAGGUCAACGCCAUGCUGGGGCUCGUCUCAUCUCUACGAUUCCGUUGAACGUGCUCAACACCGUGGCUAUCUCACCACCGCUCAGCACACAGCGCACCGCGGCAGCAAACACCGGCCAUGUGAACCAGUGCGCCAAAGUUCACGCGGAGAUCGCGAGUCGUGACAUGAGGUCGUGGACGGGGAUGUCAUACCCUUUCAACAAACUGAGCUAUGCAAUCGGUGACGGAACAACGCCCGCUGGCAACACUCAUAUUGUUUGCUUCGGCGGUGCACACAACCACCUGCAGCCGGAAGAAGAUAUCAACCAGACCAAGGCGGCAGUGGACAGCCUCUCUCCGGGCAACAUGGAUAUCAAGAGACUAGUCUUCCACAACUGGUGCAAGGAUGAGUUUGCCAAGGGCGCUUGGUUCUUCUCUCCUCCUCAGAUGCUUUCAACGUCGCUGGAUGCGUUGCGUUCUCGUCAUGGAAACGUGGUGUUUGCCAACUCGGACUGGGCAGUUGGAUGGCGGAGCUUCAUUGAUGGUGCGAUUGAAGAAGGGACUCGAGCAGCGAUGGCAGUUGUCGAGGAGCUGCGUCCACGCCCUGCAGUUCGCGGCCGUCUGUAAUGUCCUGGUAUAGCAUGGUAUCAUAUACCAGGAAGUGGGUGUAUAUAAGCCUAUCCCGCUGUUGUUUGACAUCUACCU